CGAUUCAUUCUCUGGGUGUUCAGGAAACUCUUCUGUUAGAUCCCUGGCCUUUUCCCCAGACCUGGCUCUUUCCCCCUCCAUAUUCUCCCUUUCCACCCUUCAAAGCUGCCUUUCCAUCUUAUUUCCAUAGACUUGCUCCAUCUCUGGCCCACAUUUGGCCCCUUUCACAAAAGUUCCACUUUGGAGUGACCCCUCGUUUUUUUUUCUAAGGAUACUUGACAGCCUUGAGAAAAAAAGUUUUCCUCGAGCCCUUGUUGACUUGGCUUGUUGCUGCUACAUACAACCUUGCACUCUCCCACCCUUGGGUGGGCGGGGGCCUGACAGGCCCCACCAUGCAAAGUGGGGAGCCUGUGUCUACGGCUCCGGCAGCGCCACCAACAGCGAUGAAAGUGUCCGAAAGCGAAGGCAAACUGGAGAUUUUGAUCCCAGCCCAGAACUGCACAAGCAAGAGCAGCAGCAGUAGUGGCAUCAGCAGCGGUGGGAUCAGCAGUAGCAGAGGUGGAAGCACUACCAAAAGCUGGCAGUACAGUGACCACAUGGAAAAUAUAUCGGGCUAUUUAAUGAAAUACACAAAUCUUGUCACAGGCUGGCAGUACCGGUAUUUUGUCUUGAACAAUGAAGCUGGUCUCUUGGAAUAUUUUGUGAAUGAACAGCUGAGAAACCAGAAGCCCAGGGGGACAUUACAGCUGGCUGGAGCUGUGAUCUCUCCUAGUGACGAAGAUUCUCAUACGUUCACAGUGAAUGCAGCUAGUGGAGAACAAUAUAAGCUGCGAGCUACUGAUGCCAAAGAACGACAGCAUUGGGUCAGCAGGCUUCAGAUAUGCACACAGCACCACACUGAAGCAAUUGGAAAGAACAAUCCUCCUCUGAAAUCUCGCAGCUUCUCUCUUGCAUCUCAAGGAAGUGGCUCCCCUGGUGUGCAGAGAAGACCCAGCCAAAAUGCAGCUUCUUUUUUUAAUGUUGGGCAUCACAAGCUGCCAGCUGGGAGGAGACUUCCCAUUCUGCAGCCAGAUCAUUUAAUUGAUGUACGAGAGAUGAUGUCACAAGCUGAGGGACAGCAGAGAGACUUGGUAAGGAACAUAGAAUGUCUUCCUUCCUCUGGCCAUCUUUCUUCCUUGGACCAAGACCUGCUGAUGCUCAAGGCAACCUCUAUGGCCACAAUGAAUUGCUUAAAUGAUUGUUUCCACAUUCUUCAGCUCCAGCAUGCGUCACAACAAAAAGGGUCCUUACCUACUGGGACAACUAUCAGUUGGUUGGAACCAAAGAUCUCCCUGCCAAACCACUUCAAAAAUGGAGCAGAUCAGAAUUUUCCAGCAGAUCAAAACAAGCCAUCAUCGAUCAGAGAGGAGCAGUCCAUUUCAGGUUCCAGUCAGCUAACCAGGGAACCAGAGGAAAUAAACCCAGAUGAGGAGAUAGAGGACACAUGUGAACUUAAAGAGGAUGACCUUGGAGCCGUGGAAGAACAGCGUAGCAUUAUCUUGCAUCUCCUGUCUCAACUCAAACUUGGCAUGGACUUAACAAGAGUGGUACUUCCCACUUUUAUAUUAGAGAAACGCUCUUUGCUGGAAAUGUAUGCUGACUUCAUGUCCCACCCAGAUCUCUUCAUUGCGAUUUCCAGCGGCGCCAGCCCCGAGGAGAGGAUGAUCCGCUUUGUUGAAUAUUACCUCACUUCCUUUCAUGAAGGUCGCAAAGGAGCGAUAGCAAAAAAGCCAUACAACCCGAUCAUCGGGGAAACGUUUCACUGCUCGUGGAGGAGCCAAGUACCGUCCGACACGAGUAGUAACUCUUCGUCCCAUUCCCUCUCUGAGCAAGGGACUGUCUCAGAAGAAUCACAGGAACAAGCAGAGUCGGACUACCACACAGUCAGAUUUGUAGCGGAACAAGUGUCCCAUCACCCUCCAGUCUCAGGGUUUUAUGCCGAAUGUGUAGAAAGGAAUAUGUGUGUCAAUGCUCACGUCUGGACUAAAAGUAAAUUCCUAGGAAUGUCAAUAGGAGUGACUAUGGUUGGCGAAGGUACUUUAAGUCUCUUGGAACAUGGAGAGGAAUACACAUUUUCUCUGCCUUGUGCAUAUGCUCGGUCAAUUCUGACUGUCCCUUGGGUAGAACUGGGAGGAAAAGUCAGUGUUAAUUGUGCAAAAACGGGAUACUCUGCAAGUAUUACUUUCCAUACCAAACCAUUCUAUGGUGGCAAGCUUCACCGGGUUACUGGUGAGGUGAAACAGAAUGCUACCAACACUGUUGUCUGUAGAGUGCAAGGUGAAUGGAAUAGCAUCCUUGAAUUCACCUACAGCAACGGAGAGACAAAAUGCAUGGACUUGACAAAGCUGUCUGUCACAAGAAAACGAGUCCGACCCAUCGAGAAACAAGGGCCAUUUGAGUCCAGGAAGCUGUGGCAACAUGUGACAGAGUCUCUGAGGGACGGGGACAUUGAUAAGGCAACAGAGCAUAAGAAAGCACUUGAGGAACGGCAGAGAAGUGAAGAACGACUCCGGGCUGAGACAGGAGAACCAUGGCAAACUAAGUACUUCGUCAAAGAUGGAGAUGGCUGGGUUUAUUAUAACCCUCUUUGGAAAAGAAUGCCUGCCGUACAAAAUCAACCAGCAGACACAAACUAGAUGACAUUUCUUCAGAAUUAUUCUUCUCUUUUGUUCUAAUCCCUACAACUUCCAAAAUGCUGUGUCUCACUAACAGUCCUUUGGGAUUUUUAUACAAUUGCACAAAAUUAAGUAAGCAUAAUGGAAUAAACUACUAGGGCACUUUAAAGUUGCAGAAAAUCAAAAGAUAGCGAGAGAGAAUCUUGCCAGGUAUGUCUUCUCCCCCCACUUCAAAAAACAUUUUAUAUGGCACUGAAGAUUUUAUCUGAACUGUGUAUUGUAU